AUGCCGACCGCAGCCGCAGUCUACACCGUCCCUCCGCCGAUGGUUUUUCCGGCAUCGAGUGCACCUGCUCCGACUCACCUCCAAGCCACAGAGCUCCCUUCGUACCCAUCUCUGCAACCCCACGUCGGCCUCUCCUACCAGGCACCGCCUCCUAUAAAUACCACCUUCCUCGAACCGAGCACACCAACUCACGCAGCCCAGUUCACUUCACCGACACACUUGCUUCCUGAGAAGAACGCCGAGCAAGAGCGCAAACUAAAGAGAAUGGAAGAGACAAUACGAGCCCUGCAGGCAAAUGAGGCUCGACCCGAUGCGAGCUAUGGUGACUGCAGUCUUUUCCCGGGCAUGCGGCUACCCUCGAAAUUCAAGAUCCCUGAGUUCAAGACCUAUGAAGACAGUCUGUCGGGAUCAGCUCUCGAUUGGUUCAUGUCCCUAAAGGCCGAGGACAUUCCGACGUGGGCAGACCUUUCUCAGAAAUUCAUUGACCAGUACCAGUACUGUGCGGAAACGCCUCCGACCCUCUUGGAAUUGAGCAUGAAGGAGAUGGCGCAAGGCCAAAGAUUCGAGGAAUACGCUACCAAAUGGCGUGCCCAAGCGGCAAAGCACAUCCCUCCAAUCAGCGAAGUGCAACAGAUCCAGUUAUUCCAUUCCACCCUAAGAGGAGUGUACUAUUCGCACUUGUUGGCCCACACCUCUUCAUUCUCUGAUCUCAUCGAGGCCGGGAAAAAGCUUGACUUGGGCAUUAAGCUUGGCAGGAUGGAAGGCCCCACCAAUAAAGGAGAGGAACCCUCAAAGAAGGCCUCCGCAAUGUCGACAUCUUCUAGCGGAAGAAAGGGGAAGGAGGUAACAGUUAACGCCGUCAAUCCAGCACAUCCGACGCCCCAACAGUACUCGGUGAACGUCACGUCUGCACCCCCUGUGGUCCCCACCUAUGCUCCGCAAUAUCGGCCUCAACCCCCUACCCAACCGAUCUACUAUUCUGCACUACCACCUCUACCCCCACCUACGGUGCCGUCGCCCGUUGUCCACCACUAUACCCUUGCUCCACCCCAAGCCCCUCAAUACCAACCCCCGGCUCCGAGGGUUUCUCAGCCAACACAACGAGUCCUACCCCCGCAAGGUCAACAAGGCGGUGCAGCACAACCGCGACCACGCAGGCAAUACCCGUCCCUGCCGGUCCCGCUUUCCCACAUUUACUGGCAAAUUCGUGACAAGAUCGGGACAAUAGCGCCCGGUCCGAACUUCGAUCCAACCAUCCAAGAUCAAAGCAAGCAGUGCGAGUACCAUCGGGGGGCACCAGGGCACACCCUAGACACUUGUUGGAGGUUAAGGGAGAGGAUCCAGGAGAUGAUUGAUGCAAAGGAGCUCGUAUUCAAUGCUGUAAGAUCUCCGAAUGUACAAGCUAAUCCCCUCCCCGACCAUGGACCGGCUCGGGGGCCCUCUAUCAACAUGAUCACCAUAUGCGCAUUAGGGGAGGGCGAAAGCGAGCAAGGCUGCCCCUCCCCCUUCGUGAUUGAGUACGUCCCCGCAGAAGCUGCAGUCGGAUAUCCCCGUCGGAGAACCGUAUUCGACGACAAGGUCCCAUGGACCUACGAGGGAGGUGUCGGAAACCUCGAGCAAAAAUUCGGCGUCAUGGGCAUAACACGCUCGGGACGGGUAUAUGAGAAUCCAACAACCACAGACAAAGGGAAGGCACCCGCUGCAAAAAUUGAGACGAUACCUGGAGACCCGCUUAUUCCACCCAAGAAAGUGACCGAAGAAGAGGCCGAAGCCUUCAUGAAGAUCAUCAAGGCGAACGAAUAUAAGGUAGUGGAGCAGAUGACCAAAUCUCCGGCCCACAUCUCAUUGCUCGCCCUCUUACUCAGCUCGGGACCACAUAAGGAGGCCCUCCUGCAGGUCCUGACGGCUGCACAAGUUCCCAAAGGGACACCUCCGGAUCGGAUAGAGGAGACCGUCAGCUCCAUCUUCUCCAAUACCAUCUCGUUUUCGGAUGACGAGCUUCCCUCUGAAGGAUGUGCACAUUCCUGGGCGUUGCACAUUGUCUGCAAUGUCACAUUCCGAGUGCUGGAUAUCCCGAACGCCUUCAGCCUGCUGCUCGGAAGGCCUUGGAUCCACUCGGCCGGUGCCAUUCCCUCCUCUCUACAUCAGAAGUUGAAAUUCAUCAUCGAAGAGAGGAUUAUCACGGUCAAAGGGGAGGAAGAUUACGCCAUCUAUAAAGAGACGGCGGUCCCUUACAUCAGCGUCGGAAACGACGAAAAUCUGCCUUUCCACUCCUUCGAGACCAUCUCCGUCAUUCGGGAUUACUGA